AUGGCGAGCAGCACCUUGUCGCCCGACACCAUCGAGGUGACCCCCCGCAACCGGUCCCUCAGCAUCACAGACACCUUGACCUCGUCCACCCUUUGCGACCCGUUCCUCACGCCCAGCACGCUGAGCUGCGCCUCGAUCGUGCUCGAAGACCCUGAGCUCGCACUUCGUCCUGAUCCUGGCAGCGAGGCCGACUUUGAGGUUGCCGGCAACCCGUUUGCCUUUUCGCCGGGUCAGCUCAACAAGCUCUUGAACCCAAAGUCACUUUCCGCGUUCCAGGCCCUCGGUGGGUUAGACGGCAUCGCGCGCGGCCUCCGCACCGACAUCAAGGCUGGGCUCGGCCUCGACGAGACGGGCAUCGUGGAACCAAUUUCCUUUCACGACGCUGUCGGCAAAACCAAGUCGGGGCUUGCUGCACCUUCGACUUUGACACCGUCGCCUUCUUCUACAACCGAAGCUUUUGGCGAUCGCAUUCGCGUCUUCAAGCGCAAUGUGCUGCCUGCCAAGAAGGCGCCGCCCCUGUGGAAGCUCAUGUGGAAUGCGUAUAACGACAAGGUCCUCAUUCUCCUGACUAUCGCUGCAGUUAUUUCACUGGCGCUUGGCUUAUACGAGACACUUGGUGUUGACCACCCAGACGGCGCCCCCGCGCCUGUGGACUGGGUUGAAGGCGUGGCUAUUUGUGUGGCCAUCAUCAUUGUCACUGUCGUGGGCUCGCUGAACGACUGGCAAAAGGAAAAGGCCUUUGUCAAGCUCAACGCACGCAAGGAUGACAGAGAAAUCAAGGUGAUUCGGUCCGGAAAAUCCUUCAUGAUCAAUGUCCACGAUAUUCUCGUCGGAGACGUCCUGCAUCUGGAGCCCGGCGACCUGGUUCCGGUCGAUGGCAUCUUUAUCGAGGGCCACGAUGUCAAGUGCGACGAGUCCUCUGCCACUGGCGAGUCGGACGCCCUGAAGAAGACGGCAGGCGCCGAAGUAUUCCGCGCCAUUGAGUCUGGACGGCCGAAAAAGGACCUUGAUCCCUUUACCAUCUCUGGUGCCAAGGUUCUCGAGGGCAUGGGAACAUUUGUAUGCACAUCUGUCGGCGUCAACAGCAGCUUUGGCAAGAUUAUGAUGUCCGUCCGCACCGAGACCGAAGCUACACCUCUGCAGAAGAAGCUUGAGAAGCUAGCCAUGGCCAUUGCCAAGCUAGGUAGUGCCGCCGCCGCUUUUCUAUUUGUCAUUCUCCUCAUUCGCUUCCUUGCCGACCUCCCCGGCGACACGCGCGAUCCUACCACAAAGGCCUCUGCAUUCAUGGACAUUCUCAUUGUCGCCGUCACCAUCAUUGUAGUUGCCGUUCCUGAAGGAUUGCCUCUUGCCGUCACGUUGGCCCUGGCCUUUGCCACUACGAGAUUGCUGCGCGAGAACAACCUGGUGCGUGUGCUGCGUGCGUGCGAGACGAUGGGCAAUGCGACGACAAUUUGCUCGGACAAGACUGGCACCUUGACGACGAACAAGAUGACAGUCGUUGCUGGUACCUUUGGCUCGACCAGCUUUGCCAAAGCCACCGAGUCCGAAAACGAGCAGACCCUAAGCCAAUGGGCCUCUGCGCUGCCACAAGCCGCCAAGGACAUGAUUGUGCAAUCCGUCGCCAUCAACUCGACCGCGUUCGAGAGCGAGGAAGAUGGCAAGGCCGUCUUCAUCGGCUCCAAGACGGAGACGGCGCUCCUUCAGCUGGCCAAGGACCACCUCGGCCUGCAAUCGCUGCGCGAGGCGCGCGCCAACGAGCAUGUCGUGCAGAUGAUGCCGUUUGACUCGAGCAAGAAGUGCAUGGCCGCCGUCAUUCAGACCGGCACCGGCUACCGUCUCCUCGUCAAGGGCGCGUCCGAGAUUCUGCUCAAGUGCUGCUCCUCCGAGAUGACGGAGCCGCAAGCCGCGCGCUGCGAGCCGCUCACCAAGCCACGGGCCCGUGCUCUCCGCACCGUCAUUGACAGGUAUGCCAGCAUGUCGCUGCGGACCAUUGGCCUCGUCUACCGCGACUUUGCCGCGUGGCCGCCCUCGCAGGCCGACAUGGUCGACGGCGAGGUGCAGUUUGCGUCGCUGUUGCGGGACCUUGUCUUUAUGGGCGUCAUUGGCAUACAGGACCCCGUGCGUCCGGGCGUGCCGGAAGCGGUGCGAAAAGCGCAGCACGCCGGCGUCGUUGUCCGCAUGGUAACGGGCGACAACGUCAUGACGGCGCGUGCCAUUGCGACAGAGUGCGGUAUAUGCACUGAGGGCGGCGUCGUCAUGGAGGGCCCCAAGUUCCGCAAGCUUUCCGAGGACGCCAUGAACGAGGUGCUGCCGCGGCUGCAGGUGCUGGCGCGCUCGUCACCAGAGGACAAGCGCGUGCUGGUGGCGAGACUCAAGGCGCUCGGAGAGACGGUAGCCGUGACGGGCGAUGGCACAAACGACGCGCCAGCGCUCAAGGCUGCCGACGUUGGCUUCUCCAUGGGUAUUUCGGGAACCGAGGUUGCCAAGGAGGCGUCUGCGAUUGUGCUCAUGGACGACAACUUUGCGUCCAUCAUCACAGCGCUGAAAUGGGGCCGCGCAGUCAACGACGCCGUGCAAAAGUUUCUGCAGUUUCAGAUUACGGUCAACAUUACCGCUGUUCUGCUGGCCUUUAUCACGGCGCUGUAUAGUUCCGAGAUGAAACCCGUGCUUCGGGCCGUCCAGCUGCUCUGGGUCAACCUCAUCAUGGACACAUUUGCCGCCCUGGCCCUGGCCACAGAUCCGCCUGCGGACAAGAUCCUCAAUAGGCAGCCUCAAGGCAAGAAGGCACCACUGAUUACCGUCAAUAUGUGGAAAAUGAUUAUUGGCCAGGCCAUCUUCCAGCUCGUCGUCACGCUCGUCCUCUACUUUGCCGGGCCGCAGAUCCUCAACUACGACGCGUCCCGGACCGUCGAGCUCGACACCAUCAUCUUCAACACAUUUGUAUGGAUGCAAAUCUUCAACAUGUUUAGCAACCGCCGCCUCGACAACAAGUUCAACGUGCUUGAGGGCCUGCACCGCAAUCACUUCUUCAUCUUCAUCUGCGCGCUCAUGGUCGGUCUGCAAGUCACCAUUGUCUUUUUCGGCUCCCGCGCCUUUGGCAUUGUCAGCGGCGGCCUCGACGCCGAGCAGUGGGCGCUCUGCAUCGUCGUCGCCUUCAUGUGCCUGCCCUGGGCCGUGCUCGUGCGUUUGGUCCCGGAUGCAUGGUUCGCCGCCGCCGCGAGCUUCCUUGGCGGACCUGUGGCGGCGCUGUACCGCACAAUGGGCCGGGGCUUUAGAAGGCUGUUUCGCAAGAACAAGGGCGACGAGAACGUGGUGCCGGUGCGCGACGUUGAGGCGGCGGUCCCCGAGGUUGAGGUCAAGGAGCCUGCUGUUGCGCCUCCUGCGAUUGUCGUCUCCGAGACACCACAGGUCCUGAUUACAGGGCCAGAAAUGGAUGAGAAACGAGAGGAUGAGAAACGACAGGCAUGA